UUGCCACACGGCCAAAAGAAAAUUCCAAUAAGCGGUGGCAACAGCAGCAGCAACAAUAUCAGCGCCAAAAGUUCGCGUCAAAUGAAGUGAAAAGUGAAAGUUGCAAACUUGUGCAAAAUUAUUCCCCAGUUCUUGUCCAGGUGGGCCUGUCGUUCGGGCGCACGUGGCGUAUGUGCGAUAUUUCCCAAUGAGAUUGAAUUAAACGCGUUUAUCUCCGUUCAGCUCAAAGGAGUCCCUGGAGCAUCUUCACCCCUGGCUAUAACAAACGUUUUAUGCCUCGCCUUUCUGUUCUAUAGGUUGAUGUGGGCAAAGUUUGGCAGCCAUGAAAACCUCUGACUUUGAUAACAAACUGCGCGUAUAAACUGCAAAGGGAAACGAGCACACAAGGAAAAGCAAAGCCAUUGUGAAACUGUGAAAGUGUAAUCAAAUAAAUUCUCUCGCUGAAUAAUCCGAAUAGAAGAAUAAAGGUCAGCCGUAGAAGAUGUGCAUAAAAACCUGCGAAGACAUCAAAUUCGGUGACAAUAGCGACGGAGGCCAUGAAGGUGGAAAGAAUAACGUCAUCCGCACAUCCAAUUCGGGCUACGAGCACUUUCAACUUCAUCUGCAGUUGCAGGCUAAGCUAAACAAGCAAAAGCACAAAGGCAGCAAAUUGCCCAACUUUAAGAUUCUAAUGUGUUGUUGCUACUUCAUUAUCAUUGUCUUGAUGAUAUGAAAACG